AUGGCGUCCAAAGAGGAACGAGCAAUAGAAAGUUUCAACAUGGAAGAUGCCCAACAGGAAAACGAAGGAGGGGACCAGGCCCCUUUGAAGACUGGAGACGAAUCACGCGACUUGGGAGGGGGCAAAGUCCAGAAGUCUGGAGGGAAUAUCAGGCUGGGAUGGGUUAGACGACUUGUCCCUAAUUUUCGAUGGGCUAUACCCAACAGGCGUAUUGAUCACAAUGAAGUGGGAAAUAAUGUAGAAAAGCAUAUUGGGCAGAUGGUAGAAAUCAAGAGAAAGACUAAGAAGCAGCAGAUGAGACAUCAUGUGCCCUACCAAACUCCUGAACCUGACAAUCAUUAUGAGUUUUGCCUUAUACCUUGA